CUUUCGCCAUGAAAUUUAACUUCUUUUUCAAUCUUUUUAAAUUCAAAAUUGUUCAUAUCCCUUUUAUAGUCUCCAUUAGUUUAAUUAUAAUCUUUUAUUAUAAGGCUCGUUUCUAAAAUAAAGAAUCAUUUCGUUUUCAUAUAGGGAUUUUUUAACUUUUUUUAAUUUAAACUUUAGCAUAUGGUACGUAACUAGCUAGAAUCUUAAUUAAUUUCAAUCCAAUAUUUGAUUUUUAGUUUAAAUGUUGAACUAUUUUUUAUUAGCCCAUGGUGUUGUCUAAAACAUUUAGAAUUGUAAGAGAAUUGAUUUUUUUCCAUAAUAUGGUGGAUUUUACCUUUUUGAAAAAAUAUUAAGAAGUACUGAGAGCUUAGAACGAACAUGUAUAGAGCUAUGUACGUUUUAAAGAUAAAAGCUUGACUGUAGACAGAAACACAAUCUCGGGCUAGGUUCUAGGUUUCGGCCGGCUUCAACUGAAGCCCAAACAUAGUAACGGGGGCUGGGUUUGUCAUUUUCCGCGGUUUACCAGAAUAGAAAGUAGAAAGGAUAAGCAUCGGAACUCCGAACAAAGAAAAUGGCUUCUCUCCGAUUCUCGGUUCCGCACCUACCUGGUCCCCGGUUCAAGCGCCGUCCGGUUCGCUGCGCUGGCGAGCGCCAGGAGCUUUUUAACUGCAUUGCUCCUGUUUACGACAACUUAAAUGAUUUGCUGAGUUUUGGUCAGCAUCGAAUAUGGAAACGCAUGGCCGUAUCCUGGAGUGGGGCAAAACCGGGUGAUUCAGUGUUGGAUUUGUGCUGUGGAAGUGGGGAUUUAACGUUCCUCUUGUCCGAGAAAGUUGGUUCCUACGGCAAAGUAACGGGCCUUGAUUUCUCGAAGGAGCUACUAUCAAUUGCUUCAUCACGGCAAUGCUUGCUUUCAAAUGCUUGCAACAAUAACAUUGAAUGGGUUGAAGGUGAUGCACUUGAUUUGCCAUUUUCUAAUGGUAACUUUGAUGCUAUUACUAUGGGUUAUGGGCUACGGAAUGUGGUUGAUAGACGUCAAGCUAUGCGGGAGAUGUUUCGAGUUUUGAAGCCAGGCUCAAGGGUAUCAAUCCUCGACUUUAAUAAAAGCAUGCAGCCAUUUACUGCCUUGUUUCAGGAAUGGAUGAUUGACAAUGUAGUAGUUCCAACAGCAACAGUUUAUGGCCUUGCCAAGGAGUACAAGUAUUUGAAAGCUUCAAUCAAUGAAUUUUUAACAGACGCUCUUGAAUAUUCUACACAACAAAACAUUGCAUUGAAGAAACAGCAACAAUGUGAUACUUACAGUGUUCCAGCAAUGGCAGUGCUGAUGUGACUCUGAUCUUCCUGGAAAGACCUUGCUAAUCCAAAGUCGGCAAUUUUGGCACGGAGCCUUGAAUCCAACAAGAUAUUGCUAGCUUUUAUAUCUCGGUGAAUGAUUUUGUUCUUGGAGUUCUCGUGAAGAUAGACUAAACCUUCGACGGUCCCCAUAAUAACUUCAUAUCUCUUUUCCCAGUUAAGCACUUUACCUCUGCUGGGAUC